CCUCGAAUCCUCCCAUCCUCCCUGGCAGAGGCGUUGUCCGUCGCCACCGGUCGCUGGUCACUUGAAAGUUCCUGAGUCGCGACGGCAAAAUGCACCACUCGACAGGAUGUCUCUUGGGGAUAAUCAGAAGAGUGCACGCGGGGCUCUGCCCCUUGGCCUUCUCCACCCACAGACCCGCCUGCCGGCACUUGAUCCACGGGGGACUGCUGCGGAACGAGCCCGGGAGGGCACCGACUUGGUUUCUCGGGCAUCCGGGCCGGGCACCGUCCGUUUGGCCGAGAGGAGCCGAGACGCUGCAAAAACGGGGCCUGAGGAUGGGAUCGACCCGAACAAAGGACCAACUGGUGAGCCCGGGCUCUGCGUGCCCUCUUGAGUCAGAUGAAUCUGACGACGACGAGCCGCCUGAGAAAACAGAUUCCCGAGGCCCGUCCUCUCCAGUCGGGGUUUCUCCCGGGAAGGAGAGGAAAUUAUCCCCGCCCGAGCCGAGCGUCUCUUUAAUGGAAUGCAGUUCCCUGGGUGCCGUGUUGGAUAACUUUUCCGCGUGCCCUACGUAUCCCAGUACCAAGUAUCUCAGAGCCUUGUGGAGGCUUGCCAAGGUGAUGCCGAAGGAGCAGAGCACCUCAGAGAGGCAGCAGAUGUACCAAAAUCCCGCUUUUAGCCAGCUGUGUCAGCACGUGAUGAGAGAAGCCAGGAAUUUGCGCUGCGAUAACGUGAUGUACAGUCUCCAUGCCCUGGUGAAGCUCAAAAUCCCCCAGGGUACUCGGCUGAUUCAGACCUUGCUGAGAGCUGCUCAGGAACGCAUCAAUGAGUGUGAUGAGAGGUCUCUCGCGGUCUUAGCGGCUACUCUAGAGGUCAUGGAACCGAGCAAGAAUGUGGAUGCCCUUCGUUCAGGAUUGCGGAUUCUGGUUGAUCAACAGAUUUGGUCCCUAGAGCACGUCUUAUCCCUGCAAACCAUGAUGAGGUGUAUUGGGAAAAAUGCUCCUUUGUCUCUUAAAAAAAAAAUGGAGAUGAAAAUGCUGAUGGAAUUAGACAAGUUCACCAUCCAUAACAGCCAACACAUGUUCGGGGCUCUAGCGGCAGUGGAUCACCGUUCUCCUACCCUCUUGAAUAAGUGCAGUGAAAUGGUCAUCGGUGAUAUCGAAAGCUGUUCUUUCCGGAUGAUGGUGGCCAUCCUGCAGGCCUGCAGAGAGCUCCGUUACUGCAAUUUGGACCUGUUCACGGGGAUCGCAGCGCGUGUGGUUGCUACUUAUGAAACCUGGAAAAUCAUCCAGUUUCUGCCAUUUCUCUCAGUCUUUGAGUCCUUUGGCUUCCGACCUAUCAGUCUGAUGGACUUGAUCGCUAAGAAAGUGACGGCCAAGUCUGAACCCCUGAGCUUGAAAACUAUUCUUUUUCUUCUUCGCGUGUAUUCUUCUUCCAACCACUUCGACGAACGCCCAAACCAAGAGUUCCUGGAAGCCCUCAGCGCCGCUCUGGAGCCUCACCUCCCCAGGAUUUCUAACAGCGACCUGCUGAAGGCCGUGUCCGCGUUCUGCCUGUUGAGGUAUUUUCCCCCGGCCCCGCUAAAUCGACUUCUCCAAGAGGACGUCCUGACGGAGCUGAGAUCAUCAGGUGACGAAAGCAUGAAGAAUGAGCAUAGGCUUCAUAUUGUAAACACCUGCCUAGAACUGGAAAAGGUGUCCUUCAGUAAACCCCCAGCCAUCUCUGGAAAGAACCCCCCAUCCCCACUCUUUGAUAACACCAAAGUGGAAGAAGCCCUGCAGAAGAUUUUGGUCGAUGAGGGUUUGUUUCUUAAAAACGUGCUGCUGCCGACACAUGAUUACCACAUAGAUUUUGCCAUCAAAAUGGAUGCAGACCGAAGGCGUGUGCUUCCAGUGACCGAAGCAGAUGUGCUUACAGAUGAUUCAAAUGUUCAAAGGGUUGCGCUGCUCUGUGUUCCGAGAUCUUCUUUCUGUCUGGGCACAACACACCCCCGAGGCAUCCUGGCCCUGAAGAUGAGGUAUAUCCAGUCACUGGGCUAUCAUGUAAUCGUGGUCAAUAACCACGAGGUUGAAAACCUGAAGACCGAAGACGCAGUCACUCUUUUGAAGACCAAAAUAUACUCAGAAGAAACUUUCCCCGCCGCUGAUGGGCAGGGGUAGAAAAAAUGGUCAAAUGAAAGGAGGUGCUUGAAUGCGUGAAGAAAAUCAAUCCUCCAUUUUAUGAACAUGACUGUGAGAAAAUCACUAAGAUGGCGGGUAAUCUAUAGCAAAUCCAAUUGUCAAGAAAAUGAAUAAUGUAAGAACUCUCGUGGACUGCUAGCAGUAGCAGUGCGGCACCACUGAAAAUGGGGGAAAAUUUUUGAAGAGAAUAAUGUUGGUGUAAAGAAAAAAAUAUUGUGUUGACCCGAAGUGCUUAAGAAGUGAGAAUACAUUCAUUUUUUUAUUCA